GAUGCAGUGAAUUGGUGAACAAGUGAGACCAUCAUAUGAUAGAUUUCUCUUACAGGCUUUACAGCUAAUGCAAUACCUUCUCUUUUCUUCACCCCCUUUUACAAACACCACCUUCUUAAUCUUUUAAAGGUCUUCAUAUUCUCCCUCCUCCCUCUCUCUCCUUUGUAUUCAAACAUACAGUCCGAUGGCUUCAUCAAGAAACUACCCAAAUGGGCUAAGCAUUGCGGCCAUCAUGCUGCUCAUCAUCUUGUCCCUCCCACUUCUUCCUUCCAGAUCAGUUGGGUCAGAGUCUUCGGAAGAUGGUGAGAGUUUGAAGCAAAUGAAAAUGGUGCUGGGAUCAAGGCCCCCCAGGUGUGUCAACAGGUGCUUGAGUUGCACACCUUGCACAGCAGCUCUAGUCAUUCCUCCCCCCCAUAAAAAUGGGCUCGAGGCAUUCGCUCAGGAAGAUGAGAGCUAUUACCUCCUCUCUUGGAAAUGCAAAUGUGGAAACAAGUUAUUUCAACCUUGAAAACCAUUCAUACACCCUAAGCUGAGGAUAUUCCCAUGUACAUAAUGAGAUAAGAGGUAGCUAGUGUGCUGCAGAUAACUGUUGAGCUUCUUCAUGGUUUGGACUCACAAACUCUUCCAUGUUAACCAGCUCUCUCUUGUCUUGAAUUUUGAUUUAUCUGCUUUCAUCA